AUGGGAAGUACUAGUUCUACUGAUUAUAAAUACUCUUUGUAUACAGUAAAAAAUCAGGAACAGGAAGAAAAUAACGAAGUCAUGAAUACUGUCAAUGUUAAUGGUAAAGAAUUUGAAAAAAAAGAAAAAAGAGAAUUGACCGGAAAUAACUGCGAAGGAAGACAUGAAAUAGACAAAAGUAUGUCACCAAUAACAGAUGUCAAACUCGAUAGCAGCGAUAACGGCAAUAAUUUUAUAAGGAUACCUUCCAUUUCCAUGUCUUCAUCAUUAACACCUAUAUCCUCACCACCACCACCAUCAACAAAUAUAGCGAACACAACACCGCCCACAGCAUUAUCAAUAAAUAGGAUACCCUUACCCACACCAUCAUCUACACCAUCAUCAACAACAAUAACAAGAAACCACACAAACUCCAAUAAACAGACGAUGAUGAUGAAGCCUGCCGAAAAAGAUGUUGAAUACUUUCGCGAAACGAGAAAAAAAUUAUUGUUAAUGGAGAGGAAUUUCUAUCAUAGACGCGAAGAAUAUAAAACUAAAAAAGAGAUAUUAAUGAUGGAAGCGAAGGCUAGUGAUAGCAAUAAGAAUAUGAAUGAUUAUUUAUCCGAAAAGAAUUCACGAAUUCGAAAAAAGUUAAAGACUCAUUAUUCUGCCACGCCAACUUUAUCGUCACCGUUGCAAUGCGGUGCUUUCAUUUCAUCAAGCAAAGAUUGUUUUAAUAAGGAAGCUUAUUUUACGCCCAAAAUUCAGCAAAUUUCGUCAAGAUCUAUCGCCACUUCAUCAUCUAUCAGCAGUAAUAGAUCGAAACUUUUACAAGCACCAAAAUCAAUUUUUCCUAAUUUUUCUAUAUCAAAAUCUUCCUCCAAUCCUUUUAUCUCAAAUUCAUCCUUGACUCCCAAAAAGCCUGGCGGAGAUUCUCAAUCGGCCGUAAAAUCUAUCAAAUCCGAUGCAAAGAAAAGGGUUGCCGUAGCUUAUAAUCAUCAUCAGCAAAAUUACGCGGAUUUUAUCCCGUCUUUUUUUUCAUCUACAAACAACACCAAUCGCGAACCUCCUCGCAGUAAAUCAUCAACUUUUGAAUCAAAGACUUCUGUAAUAACAUCUUCAACUAAUAAUAAACAUAUUCCAUUCAUGGAGUUUGCUGAUUCAAUUUCUACCACAAAACAAACGCCAUUUACUACCAGUUUUUCCUCCUCACAGCAGAAAUUGGUAUCACGAGAAACAAGAAUACCCACUCGAAAAUCAAAUCGGACAAAAAAAGAGCCGAAAAGCUUAACUUUCCCUGUGACUUCGUCUACAAGGGAAAAAGGGAAAAUUACAGAACAUGUAAAUAGUGUAAAACAUUCUUAUGAAGUCCAUGCGACAACUGUUCCCCCAACUCAAGGAAAGGAUAUUAUUGUAAUAUCCGAUGGAUCUGAAGAAGAGGAUAUUCCAUAUAAAUCAUCACCUGUUACUGCCACUUCAAAUCCGGAGCAGAAUCAACAAGAACAGAUAACGGAUACAUCAAAGUGGACCUCAAGUGCUACACUACUAUUUGAAGAGGAGAACGAGACUGAGAAUGGUGGUUGGGAUUUAGGACAAGAGGAAAUCAAAGAAGAUAAAGAUUUAAUCCAAGAAGGAUUGGAUCUUGAAUUUAAUGUUGAGGAUGAUGAGCUCGAUCCUUGGGUGUAA